UAUUAUCUGUUUUUGGUCUUGCACAAAAGGUGUGUGAUGAUCAAAGACCGAACGUAUAAUCCUAUACUGUCAACAGCCAAUAGGUGUUCUCUCUGACUGACAUCAUCAGAUGCCAGCCGGAAAACGUAAACCGGAGUUCUGGUGGAAUUAGAAGAGAAGCCGUUUGAGCUUUGGAGAGAGAAAGAGUGUUUGUAUGAUGUGCCCUCCCAUGAAUAUCACGAUCGUGUGGAGAAAGACAGAAGUGGAAGGAAAUCGGACAUUUUGCGGUGGCUUCUUUUUUGUCUUUUGGAGAGACCACUGCACUCAUAAAUGCGGCCGAGGCAAGAGCUGUUGCUACUGUGGUUUCAUUAACCAUGUUACUGUCUUCCUAUGUAUAUUCAGGAAGAGGGAGAAUGUGUGCACCUCUAGGACUAAAACAAAUUGAUUGCAAUUAGCAGUGUGGGGCACAGUGGGCUGUGUUACAACAUGCCCCCGGCUAUUAGAAACGCAGCCUCAAUAACGUUUCAUGUAACACUGUAUAUUCCAUGCAUUCAAUGCACCAAGUCUGUCCUAUAUUGUCUAUGUAAGCGCUUGCUCUUAUCGAUUUCUUCGGAGACAUUCAUCACAUUCUCAUGGAGUUUCAUUGUUCCAUUUCUCAGCACGUCUUGGAAGAUGCAGAUUUUGCAUAGUAUUCAGCACCAUGGACUGCAACGGACUAUACGCCAAUGGAGAUCCGCACACCGUAUUCGCUUAGCGCAGCUUGCAACCAGCGACGCCAGACUGUGCCACAGUGCUGCUCCAACCGUGAGCAUGGCAGCCGUCAGUCAAACCAUGGCUGGACUGCUCAGCUCGAGCAGGAAGUACAGAGCAAACACCCAGACCAGCCAGAUGACCCCUCCGGAAGUAAACCGCAUGCUGAACGCCAACGAGUACAGUCUGAGCUUCAACGGGUACGACGGGAGAAAUGUCGGUUCGGUUUUAGGCUUCGAAAGCAACCUCCUGGCAUCCAACUCGCCCAGCGAGGAUCGCCGAAGUGUGGCCACCUGCCUCCAGAGCCGAGGCAUGCUGUUCGGCGUGUUCGACGGCCACGCGGGCCACGCCUGCGCGCAGGCCGUCAGCGAGCGGCUGUUCUACUACAUCGCCGUGUCCCUGCUCCCGCUGAAAACGCUGGUGGACAUCGAGGAGGCGGUGGAGAACGAGCGCCCCGUCUUCCCCGUGCUGCAGUGGCACAAGCACCCCAACGACUGCGUCAGCACCGACGCCGGGAAGCUGUACUUCAACAGCCUGCGCACCUACUGGCAGGAGCUCAUCGACCUGGAGGAGGACGGGGACAAGGACGUGGAGGCCGCCCUGGCCGACGCCUUCAAGAGGCUGGACAACGACAUCUCGCUGGAGGCGCAGGUGGAGUUCGGGGACCCCUUCUCGCACUUCGCCCCGCUCAGGGUGGCCCUGUCGGGGUGCACCGCCUGCGUGGCUCACGUGGACGGCUCGGACCUGCGCGUCGCCAACCUGGGGGACAGCCGGGCCGUGCUGGGGGUGCAGGCGGAGGACGGGAGCUGGUCGGCGCUCACCGUCACCAACGACCACAACGCGCAGAACGCCGACGAGCUGCAGCGCGUGCGGGCGGAGCACCCGCCGGCGGAGAGGAAGAGCGUGGUGAAGCACGACCGCCUCCUGGGCCUGCUCCUGCCCUUCAGGGCCUUCGGCGACAUCAAGUUCAAGUGGAGCGGCGAGCUGCUCAGCCGCGUGUGCGAGGCGCGCCCGGAGGCGCUGCCGGGCGGCGAGCACGCCAAGACGCUACCGCCCAACUACCGCACGCCCCCCUACCUCAUCGCCGAGCCCGAGGUCACCAGCCACAAGCUCCGGCCCCAGGACAAGUUCCUGGUGCUGGCUACGGACGGCCUGUGGGAGAUGAUGCACAGGCAGACCGUGGUGGAGGUAAUCGGGGAACACCUGACGGGGAUGCAGUGGCAGAAGCCGCUGUCCGGGGUCUCGUUCACUUUGGGGCAGAUGCAGAAGCUGCUGCUGGAGAGGAAAGCUCGCGCCCUCAAGGCCCUGGAGGACGAGAACUCGGCCACGCACCUGAUCCGCCACGCUCUGGGGAGCGACGGGUUCGGCAGCGUGGAUCCUCGCCGCCUGUCCAAGAUGCUGAGCCUGCCCCGAGAGCUGGCCAGAAUGUACAGAGAUGACAUCACAAUCCUGGUGGUCCAUCUGAACAGCAGCGUCAUCGAGGCAAAUCACAAGGCGGCCAUUACGGAGGAUGCCUGAGUAAGUUCACGACAGUGAUGGCGUUAUCAUGGAUUUUCCUUG